AUGAGUUUACUGAAGGCAUUAGUGAAGAAUCAUCCAAGGAGCCACACUGUAACAAGGAUUCAGCUGACAGCUACCCCUGCAAGUGCACUCAUGUUGAUGAGCCAGCGCAUAGCUAAAGACCUAACUCCAUUUCAGAUAGUGCUUCUUUGGACAUCACUGGAAGAUGAAAAGGGAAUCCUGUUUCAUUCUCAAGCCUACUCUAGGGCCAGUGAAGUUGGUGAGGUGGACCUAGAGCAUGCAUCUUCUCUUGGAGGUGAUUAUGUAGGAGUCCACCCUAUGGGUCUCCUCUGGUCCCUGAAACCUCAGAAGAUAUUAACAAAACUGCUGAAAAGAGAUGUUAUGAAUAACCCCUUGCAGUUCCAAUUAAAACUUUAUGAUUCAGAUGUAAUGGUUACCCACACCGCCAUCACUACUCCAAAGGUCAGCCUGACUUUGGAGAGGUGGUAUGUAGCACCUGGUGUCACCCGAAUCCAAGUCAAAGAAAGCCGCCUUCGGGGAGCCCUCCUUCUCCCUCCAGGAGAGGGCCGUUUCCCAGUGGUUAUUGAUUUGUUUGGUGGACUGAUUGAAAUCCGAGCCAGUCUUCUGGCCAGUCAUGGCUUUGCUGUCUUGGGCUUGGCUUACUGGGACUAUGAAGACCUCCCUUUCCAACUAGAAAAAGGAGAUUUGGAAUAUUUUGAGGAAGAUGCCAACUUUCUCCUGAGACAUCCUAAGGUCCUUAGCCUGUGUAUUAGGGUAGUCUCCAUGUCCAAAACAGCAGAGACUGGACUCUCCAUGGCUACACUAAAGCAAGUCACAGCUGCCGCGCUUAUUAACGGGCCCAACUUUAUUCUUGACAUUCCACAGGUAUAUCAUGGUCACAUAAAUCAGCUCUGGCCAUUCUCUCCUCAUUCACUAUCCAUCAGUACCUUAGGAUUAGUAGAGUUACAGCACAUUUUUGAGAAUACUAGAGCUGAAGCCAGUGAGACAUUUUUUCUCCCCAUUGAAAAGGCCCAGGGACAUUUCCUCUUCAUUGUGGGAGAAGAAGAUAUGAAUGUCAACAGCAAAGUAUAUGCAGAGCAAGCCAUAGAACAGCUGAGGAGACAUGGGAAGAACGACUGGACCCUGCUGUCUUACCCAGGGAUAGGCCACCUGAUAGAGCCCCCCUACUCCCCACUGUGCUGUGCCUGGAGGAUCUCCAAUCUCCACCUCUUCAUGCACUGGGGAGGAGAGGUGAUCCCACAUGUAGCUGCACAAGAACGUUCUUGGAAGGAGAUCCAGAAGUUUCUCGGGAAACACCUUAUUCCAGUUGUGACCAGUUGUCUCUGAGAAGAGCAAAUAUUUCUGGAAAUACAGAAGCAAUAGGAUGCUUUACCAGCCUCCACUUGAUUUUCAUGGAACAAUGCUUUUGACCUCUUCUUGUAAGAAGGAAGUUAUGGCAAGAGAAGGCAGGAGGACUGCGAAUGGUAUGCUUCGACUUUGGAAAGGGAAAAAUGGCUUCCUCUUAAUCUAAUAUCAUAAACUGAGGCGUUUAUGUUUUUAGAAAUAUAAACUUAGAGCUCUGCCUGUUCUAAAAUAUUUCAGUUUACAUUUACAGCAAUUCUUAGGGAAAAAAAUUACCAAAAUUGAACCAUAGAAUCCCUUGGCUUGUAAAACAAUCAUGAAUAGAAUCAGGUGCUGAUGAGUGAUUUCUUCUUUAUUUUUAAAUUUAUUUAUUUUAUUUUAUUUAUUUUUGGCUGCAUUGGGUCUUCGUUGCUGUGCGCGGGUUUUCUGUAGUUGUGGCGAGCAGAGGCUACUCUUUUUGGUGGUGCGCUGGCCUCAUUGUGGUGGCUUCUGUCACUGCCAGGCACAGACUCUAAGCACGUGGGCUUCAGUAGUUGUGGCUCGCGACCUCUAUAGCACAGGCUCAGUAGUCUGGCACACAGGCUUGGUUGCUUUGCGGCAUGUGGGAUCUUCCAGGAUUAGUGCUUGAACAUGUGUCCCCUGCGUUGGCAGGUGGAUUCUUUUUUAUUUUUUUUUAUGGUUUUCUACUCUUUUUGUGUGUGUGUGUAUAUUCACUUUUUUUUAUCAUCUUUAUUGGAGUAUAAUUGCUUUACAAU